AUGAGCUUCAAGGGCUUUUCCAAGAGCCUUACUCGGGCGCCUCAACAAUUCAAGCACAAGUUCAAUAUUGGCGAGCACACCAAAGAUGCUGUCUACAUCGACGCCGAACGCCGUUUCCAAGAGCUCGAGACCGAGACCAAGAAGCUCCAUGAUGAGUCGAAAAAAUAUUUCGAGGCCAUCAACGGCAUGUUGAACCACCAAAUCGAAUUCAGCAAAGCCAUGACGGAAAUCUACAAACCCAUCUCCGGCCGCAUGUCGGAUCCCGACAACAUCAAACCCGAGGGAAAUCCAGAAGGAAUCCGCGCCUGCGAGGAAUACGAAGCCAUUGUCAAAGAGUUGCAAGAGACGCUUGCUCCGGAACUGGAAAUGAUUGAGACUAGGGUCAUCCGCCCAGCUACCGAGCUGCUAGACGUGAUCAAAGUCAUUCGAAAGACAGCAGUCAAGCGAGAGCACAAGAAACUGGACUACGACCGACAUCGCGCCAACCUCAAGAAGCUGCAGGACAAGAAAGAACGCACGCCCAAAGAUGAGAAGGCCAUGUGGAAGGCAGAGGGAGAGUUCGAGCAAGCGACGCAAGACUACGAAUACUUCAACAACCUCUUGAAGGAUGAAUUGCCCCGGCUGUUUACUCUAGAACGAGAGUUCAUUCAGCCGCUGUUCCAAUCUUUCUACUACAUGCAGCUCAACAUAUUCUACACACUCCACGAGCGAAUGCAGCGCUGUGAUAUUGGCUACUUUGACCUGACUCGCGAAAUCGAGGAGGCCUUCCAAGAAAAGCGUGGAGACAUCCAAGAACAAGCCGAGGCUUUGUCAAUCUGCCGAUUCAAAACCACUGGACGCCCCCGACCGAUUCGAUACGGAGCUCGCCCGGCUCUCGAAGCCGGCAAGCAACCAGGCCUGCUGACGGCUGGGCCCUCGACCUCGAGCGGUGGCGGGACGAGCCCCAAAAUUGGUGCCUACGGCAGGCCUUCCAGCGAUACCGAAGCCGCACCUCCGCCAUAUUCUCCCGGCAACAAGACUGCUCUAUCAACUGUUGCCGCGGCCAAGGCAAAACCCCCACCGCCCAAGCCCAAGCCCAAGCGUUUAACGGCUGCACCUGCAGCGGAGACCGUGACAGCCCUGUACGAUUAUUCCGCCCAAGCCGAAGGAGAUUUGAGUUUCCGAGCUGGCGAUGUUAUUGAGAUUGUGUCUAGAACACAGAAUGAGAACGAAUGGUGGACAGGCCGCCUCAAUGGAAAGGAGGGGCAGUUUCCUGGUGAGCAGCUCUGUCGAUGCGUGGUGUGA